AUGGAUGAUUUCGAUGCACAGUAUGAGGCUGAUUUUGUCAAUAUCACAGAAAAAGAAAAAAAGCGGAAACGGUCCAAGAAAACAGAUUUGGAGAACAAAAGUAUCGAGGAGAAGAAGGAAGAAAAAAGAAGGAAAAAGGAAAGUAUAAAAAAUGAGAAGAAAAAACGAGCGGUAAUUCUUUUGUUUGUUUUUCGAUUACGGAUUCUCAUUGCGUAUAUUUGUUGA